AAUAUUUAGAAAAGCAUUAGCCUGACCUGGGGUCGUGUUAGCAUUUUUUUUUUUACAUCCCUUCACAUGAACAGCAGUAGUCUAGCUAGCUUUAUCGACAUUAGAGUCAUCUCGGCAGAUUAGAAGGGAAGUGCGCUAACCUUUGCUGAGUGUACAUUUGAAUUAAAGAGAUGUUUUUGCUUUCUGUGCUGGACUAAACGAAAACGGAAGUUAUUGUAAGGCUUCCUCUUGUUGUGUUGCGCCUCUCUUGAUAAACGAACAACAUUUCCCAGAAGUCCUUGCCGCUGACCUGUCACCCAAAAUGUCAGCCCUCUGAAAGCAAAUGCGCCGGGGCUAUUAUGAUUACAGUGCUCUUUCUUUUAAAUUUUCGUUUAUAUAUAUAAAUUCGUAUAUUUAAUUGUAUCGUGGGAACAUUACAUCAUUAUUAUUUCUCCUCCCUGUCUUCUUCAUGCCGUGAGGCUACAAGCGGAACCGAAACAUGUCGUUUUCUAUGGUGAAACGGUGCUGUGGGACGCCCCUGUUUAGACGUGUGCUGCAGUUUAAAAUGUGCAGAAGGAAGAGUCAAGACUCUAAUGUGACCUACACAGUGUUCAGACACCGCUGGAUGAAAGCACUGCCUGUGCUAUGCAGCAGCUCCAGGAGGCUAAGCACCCAGUCCGACAAGGAUGCUGUGGACCUCUCCAAAUUCCCUGUGGACAGAAUCAGGAACUUCUGCAUCAUCGCCCAUAUUGAUCACGGGAAAAGCACCUUGGCUGACAGACUGCUGGAAAUGACCGGUGCUAUAGCGAAGACGGAGAAGAACAAACAGGUGCUGGACAAGCUGCAGGUGGAGCGAGAGAGGGGGAUAACCGUAAAGGCCCAGACAGCGUCUUUGUUUUACAACCACGAGGGGCAGCAGUACCUCCUGAACCUCAUCGACACUCCGGGUCACGUCGACUUCAGCUACGAAGUGUCUCGCUCGAUUUCUGCUUGCCAGGGUGUCCUGUUGAUCGUUGAUGCCAAUCAGGGCAUUCAGGCACAAACGGUUGCUAACUUCUACCUGGCAUUUGAAGCUCAGCUGACAAUCAUUCCUGUCAUCAAUAAGAUUGAUUUGAAAAAUGCUGAUCCAGAGCGGGUGGAGUCACAGAUUGAAAAGGUGUUUGAUAUUCCACGCGAAGAAUGCAUCAGGAUUUCAGCUAAACUUGGAACAAAUGUUGACAAGGUGCUCCAAGCUGUCGUAAACAGGAUUCCACCGCCACAGGCAAGCACUGAAGACCCAUUUAAAGCCUUAGUGUUUGACUCCAAUUUUGACCACUACAGAGGAGUCGUGGCCAACAUUGCCGUGUUUGGAGGUCGGGUCAAAAAAGGGGACAAGAUCGUGUCGGCACAUCUCGGAAAAGCCUACGAGGUCAACGAGCUGGGCCUUCUCCGGCCAGAUGAGCACCCAACGCAGAAGCUAUUUGCAGGUCAGGUGGGUUACAUCAUAGCAGGGAUGAAGGAUGUGAAAGAGGCCCAGAUCGGUGACACACUGUACCUACAGGAGCAGCCAGUUGAAGCUCUCCCAGGAUUCAAACCUGCCAAAGCCAUGGUCUUCGCUGGCAUGUAUCCAAUGGACCAGUCAGAAUACACUGGCCUCCGCAGUGCCAUUGAAAGACUGACCUUGAAUGACUCGAGUGUCACAGUGCAAAGAGACAGCAGUCUGGCCCUGGGGGCAGGAUGGAGCCUGAAUAUCAAUUAUGAAGCUCGAGUGCACCUGUGGACCUUCCUGUCCCCCUGCAGACUUGGCUUCCUGGGUCUCCUCCAUAUGGAGGUGUUCAAUCAGAGGCUGGAGCAGGAAUACAAUGCUUCUGUUAUCGUGACUGCGCCCACCGUGCCCUACAAGGCUGUGCUCUCCUCAGCCAAACUCAUCAAGGAACAUGGCAGUGGGGAGAUAACCAUUGUGAAUCCCGCUCAGUUCCCCGACAGAUCGGUCGUGUCAGAGUAUUUGGAGCCCAUGGUCCUGGGGACCAUUCUCACUCCAGAUGUUUACACUGGCAAGAUUAUGACUCUGUGUUUGAAUCGCAGGGCGGUCCAGAAGAACAUGGUGUACAUAGAUGACCAGCGUGUCAUGAUGAAAUAUCUCUUCCCUUUAAAUGAAAUUGUGGUGGAUUUCUAUGACCUCCUCAAAUCACUCUCAUCUGGAUACGCCAGCUUUGAUUAUGAGAAUGCAGGUUACCAGGCUGCUGAUUUGAUAAAGAUGGAUAUUCUGCUGAAUGGACGCCCAGUAGAAGAGCUGACCACAGUUGUACACAGGGAGCGUGCGUACAGUACAGGGAAAGCCAUGUGUGAGCGACUAAAGGACUCCAUCCCAAGGCAGAUGUUUGAGAUUGCCAUACAGGCAGCUAUUGGAAGUAAAGUCAUUGCAAGAGAAACUAUGGAGGUGACAUUACACGGAAGAUGAAGCUCCUGAAGAAACAGGCAGAAGGUAAAAAGAAGAUGAGGCGGAUCGGCAAUGUGGAAGUUCCCAAAGAUGCCUUUAUUAGUGUUCUGAAGAGGAAAGAAAAAUAGACUGUGACACUACGUAUGAAACAACAUGGAGCAGGUUUUUGUUAUUGAAAGGCUCUGUUACCUUUUCUUUGAAUAAAGUUCUGCAAACUGGAGUGAAAAUC